AUGUCUCCAGUGAACUCUGGCCUCCCUAAGGUCCCUUUGGCCUUAGCUGAGGCUGUCACCUCAUCAUUCAUCUUCCUAAUCCUGAAAGAUGCUGCCAGUUGCGUAGGUGGAGUGGAGGACAGACAAGCACAGGGGCGUUGGAUUUCUGCCAUGGGAUGUGGGUGUUUGAGUGUGUGUUGUUUUUCCUCCUCAGAAUGCCCAUAUCACAAGCCCCUGGGUUUCGAGUCAGGGGAGGUCACACCAGAUCAGAUCACCUGCUCCAACCCAGAGCAGUACGUGGGCUGGUAUUCCUCAUGGACAGCAAACAAGGCCCGGCUCAACAGUCAAGGCUUCGGGUGCGCUUGGCUUUCCAAGUAUCAGGACAGUAGCCAGUGGCUACAGAUAGACUUGAAGGAGAUAAAGGUGAUUUCGGGGAUCCUUACCCAAGGACGCUGUGACAUAGAUGAGUGGAUGACCAAGUACAGCGUGCAGUAUAGGACUGAUGAACGCCUGAACUGGAUUUACUAUAAGGAUCAGACUGGAAAUAAUCGGGUCUUUUACGGAAACUCGGACCGGAGUUCUACAGUCCAGAAUUUACUGCGGCCCCCCAUCAUUUCCCGCUUCAUCCGACUGAUCCCUCUAGGCUGGCAUGUCCGAAUUGCCAUCCGGAUGGAGCUGCUUGAGUGUGCCAGCAAGUGUGCCUGAUGCCUGUUUCAGCUCAGUCAGUCCUGCCACAAUAGGGAGAGCUUGGUGGGGGUGGGGGGCCCCUGACCUGCCAUUGUGAUGAACAGGGCUGGAGAUUAUAAGCACUUCCAAAUUCAGAUCUGGGUAGAGAAUAUUUCAUUUUUUCAAAAGAUAUAGUUUCCAAUUUCAGUGGAAGAAAGAAAAAAAAAGAGCAUUUCCUCAACUCAGCCAAAGAAAAUAAGAACAAAGAAAAUAUCCCUCAAACCAAUUUUCUUCCAUAAACCUAAAUAGCAAGGGUAAUUUGCUGCGCUCGCUCCCUCUCUCUUUUUCUUUUUGUCUCAGUGACACUGUCAAAGGUGCAGACCCAGGGGAACACAAAGCAGCUCUGAUAAUUUGAAAAUUCUCUUUGGCUCUUACCACAUUCAGAACAGGAGCAUACGAUUUUGCAAAGCCUCACAUGAAUGCUGAAGGCUUGCCCUUAAAACUUUCAUUAAAUCCCGACUAGAGAGGACUGGAGAGAAGCAGGCAGGCAUGGAUAAAGAGGGGAGCCUGUAGCAUAGCCCAAGAGUCCGUAAACAGCAACCAACCAGCCAACCGACCCGACCAGUCAAGGCUUCCCCGUCUUGUUUUUGCCUGGAAGGGGUUUGGGCUUUUAGUCACAGACCUGAGGGAAUUAGGGCCGGCUGGAGUUCCUUUUACAUAGAGUUCCAGUCUGCGACCCAUUCAGCAAGCUGUCCAUCUGUGCUUACCAGGAAAUGAAUGCAAGUAGCAGGCUGCAUGUGUGUGGGUAGUGAGGCUUCCCUUACAUAGAGGACACCCAAAUGGCUAGACUAUAUCACACCUUCCUUAUCUAUGGCUACAGUUUUCCAGAAAUUGAACAUACUUUGAAAACAGCUGAGGCAAGACAUAGCUCUGACUACUGGGAGGAGACCGUGCUUUGUGGGAAGGGGUCAGAGCUCAUGUCAUAGAGGGCUGUGUGGGGAUGGCUCAGUCAGUACAGGGCUGGCUGUACAAGCAUACGGAGGUGAGUUUAUAAUCCUAGAAUCCAUGUAAAAAGCUAGGCAUGGACAGGUAUGGUGGCGCAACGCCUUUAAUCUCA